GCAAGACCGAAAUACCACCAUUCUAAUUCACCAGGUUACCGAAGUGUGACAGCGGCUCCUCGUGCACUUUUUGAAAGCAACAUAUGUCAACUUUUGGAAAGAUAUUUAUAGAUUAUUUUUCGACUUGCUGAUUUGUUGGACACGUUCUGGUGAAAAUAUUGUUUGCUUUAGAAGGGAGAUUGUAUGUGCAGUAUUACUCUGAUGUUUUUGUAACCUAUUUCAAAAGGCAACAAUAUUUGUUUAAGUUGUUUAUUUAAUUUAAUUUUUGCAUAUAAAAUUAUACAAAUUCAUAUCAACUUACGUUCUAAGAGCCUUUUCUGUAGCUCGGUCAACUUCAUCAUAUUACACUUGAGAGCAGUCAUUGUCUCGCCGUUAUUGAAGAAGGAACGAGGGAGAAGUUUCUCAGCUGCAAUUUCUUCUCUGGACUGGAGAAGAAGAAUCACUACUACGAUUAUCUGCACGUUGGUGGAUUUCGCUUGCAUUGUAAAACUUUCUCGUCUGGCCAUCUGACAAGAAACACGAAAUGAAACCCUUUGCCGCGUUUGUCAUCCAGAUUGCAGUGACGCUCCAACUUCAGUUUUCACCUGCUCAGAGUACUCUCUCACCCAGUGCAAACAGCACAACUGGAGUGUUAAUGUUCCAGGACGUGUGGGGCCGUAGUUUCUGCCGGACCAUAGAGAAGCUGGUGGAGGUGGUCCAAGAGUACCCAGGGGAGGUGGAGCACAUCUACAGCCCCUCCUGUGUGCCCCUGGUGCGCUGUGCUGGUUGCUGUGGCGAUGAGAACCUGGAGUGCCGUCCGACUCGGACCUCUAAUGUCACCAUGCAGCUGUUGAAAAUCAAGCCAGCGGAGCAGGGUCAAGAAUACGUUGAAAUGACUUUUGUGGAGCACCAGACAUGUGAAUGUAGAAUCAGGAAGGCUGUGGUGAAAAGUGAAAGAAGGAGACAGAGAGGAAGAGGAAGUGUCAGCCACCUCGCAGACUAG